AACCCCUUCUUCACAGAGAAGAAUCUCUCUCUCUCUUCAAAGUUUUCAACUUUCAAUCUCUCAGUAAUCAAAGUUUCUGUCUUUCUAUUUUUCUCCUUUUGUGUGAUUUCGAGGUUUUUUUCCUUCUUCAUUUUUAUUUACUGAGUGAUGGGUUUGAGCUUUUUGCACUCACAGUUGCAGACUUUUUGCAUUGCAGCAGUCUUCUUCAUCUCCAGACUUAAAACCUAUAAUUCCUUUUGCUUGAUUUCUCUAUAAUAAGACUGUUUAAAGUCUCUUUCUGGGAAUCCAAAACAAUAAAAGGAAAACAAAAAAAUCCAACAAGAAAACGAAGUAAAAGAAAGAAAGAAAAAAGCUAUGGCAGGUGAUAAAGUUUCUGAUGUUUCUAAUGUUAUGACUACCGUUUUGCUUCAAAACGACACUCUCCCUUGUGAACCUGUCUGGGUUCCCGCUUCUUCUGCCACAAUUCAUGGUGCAAAGUCUAUGGUUAACUUUGAAGAUGUUGGUGGAGAAGACACAAUGGAUGCGCCAUUUUUUCAACCGCUUGUUAAAGAAGAAAACGGUGAUGAGGAUUAUGAUGUGUUCCUUAACCCACCUGCCAAGAAAAGGCGGCUCACGGCUACUCAAGUUCAGUUUCUUGAAAGGAACUUUGAGGUAGAAAAUAAGCUUGAACCUGAAAGAAAGAUACAACUUGCUAAGGAACUUGGCUUGCAGCCUCGUCAAGUUGCAAUUUGGUUUCAAAAUAGGCGGGCUCGGUUCAAGAACAAACAACUUGAAAAGGACUACGAUUCUUUGAAAGCCAGCUAUGAUAAGCUCAAGGCUGAUUAUGACAAUCUCCUUAAGGAGAAUGAGAAUUUGAAAAAUGAGUUUGUUUCCCUGAAAGAUAAAUUGCUUGCUAGAGAGAAAGGGAGAGAAAACUUUGAACCAUUUCAUGCCAUCAAUUCAGUGAAUGAAGAACCUCAAAACUCAAUUCCAAUGACUGUAUCUGGAAAGGAUUCCAAUGCACCAAUAGUGACACCAAAACAAGAAGAUGCAAGUUCGGCAAAAAGCGAUAUUUUCGACUCAGAUAGCCCGCAUUCAUUCUUGGAGCCGGCUGAUUCUUCUAAUGUUUUUGAGCCAGACCAGUCAGAUUUUUCGCAAGAUGAAGAAGAUGACUUUGGCAGGAGCUUUUUGCCCCUACCAUGUUUCUCAAAACUCUACCAUGACCCACCUGCAAACUCGUGUAAUUUUGAAUUCUGUGUGGAUGAUCAACCCUUUUGGUCCUGGAGUUAUUAAGUAUUAUAUCUCAUAUAAGAUGUUCCACAUUGCCCUAUCAAAGCAAAAUUCAAAGUUCUCAGUUGUAAUUAUAGUUUACUGAGAAACCAAUAUAGUGCUCAAUUUUCUUGCUUUUAAA